AUGAUUGAUCGUCCGCGGGUUCCCUAUCAGACUUCGCCGGCUAGUCCGCAUAGAUCUCCUCCACGCAGAUACCCUGAUAUAACUCCACCUGGGGGAGGCUCCUGUAGGCCUUCACAUGCAGAUCCUCGUGCUCAAAGGGUCUCAUCUUCUUCUGGUCAGAAGGCUUCGUCUACCAAUAAAGGAGAUCCACCGAAGGGUCCUCAUGGCUCUAGGUAUGCUGUUAGCCACACCUCUUAUCGUUCGCGUGACGAUUCUAGAGGUACGCAGGCUCCUCCUCCUCGUAAUGAAGUGUUGGAUGUUCCGCCUCUUCGUUCUAUGACUUCACCUUCAAUGCCCCAACAGAAUCCUCUGCCUCCUCCUCCAGCGGUCCCUUCCAAAGGGAAAUCCUCCAAGGGUACUGUGUCGAAGGUUGAUCCACCCAAGAGUCUUCCUUCCAAAAGGAAGGCUUCCUACGCCAGAUCCCGCUGA